AUGACUGUGAAUACUAAAAGACCUAACGAUUCUGAAGUCGAUUCUGAGGCUAAAAAAGUUCAUAUUGAUCUCAGGGACAAAGGCUGGGCUGCUAUAAAGGCAGAGUUUGUCAUAAAGAACGAAGAAGCUGCUGACCUCUAUAUUAACGAUGAUGACGCUGAAGGUGGAGACAGAGAUCAGGUUCAAGAAACCACCGGAAAGAAGAAGAAAAAGAGAGGCCAGAACAAGAACCGUGACUUACGUCAGGAACACGGUGCUAUAAGACUUUGUACAUCACUAGUGGAUCCUGAUAACGCUAAGGAAUGUCGAUUUGGAGCUGAAAACUGCAGAAGCUCGCACAACAUCGAAGAAUUCCUUGCUAGUAAAGAGCCUGAUGUAGAAGGAAUAUGUCCUGUUUUUGACGCCAUUGGGUACUGUCCUGCUGGAUUGAAGUGCCGGUGGCUCGGGUCCCAUUAUGAUAAAGAAACCAACAAAUUGCUCAAAGAUUUGGCUAAGAUUGAGGUAAAUCAAGAACCACGAGAACUCAAUAGGAUCACCAACGACGCCAAAAUUGCUUUGCAAAAGAAGAAGUAUGAGUUUAAAACUGCCACAAAGAUGAUUCUGUAUCUUGAUUCGCAAGUCAAGAACGAGGCCUAUAUGAAGAAUUUGGAAGAAAAGAAAGACAACCAAGCAGAAUUCGUGGAAGUUCCAUUUAGAGUAGCAGAGAAGAAGCGCUUGAACUUUAAAAAUGCAAAGAUAGUAUCUCCAUUGACCACUGUUGGUAACUUACCAUAUCGUCGUUUGAUGAAGACUUUAGGGGCAGAUGUCACAUACGGUGAAAUGGCUCUCACGGUUCCAUUAUUGCAAGGUACAAACGCAGAAUGGGCAUUGCCAAAAGCUCACAAGUCAGAAUACCCUGGCUUUGGAGUGCAGUUCGCUGCUGGUAAACAUUGGUCGGCUGCCAAAGCCGCUGAAAUCAUCUAUAGAGAAACUCCCAACGUCUCGGAACUUAACUUGAAUUGUGGAUGUCCCAUUGACUUGUUGUAUCGUCAGGGACAAGGGUCUGCAUUGAUGGAACAACCAUCCAAGUUGAUGAGAAUCUUGAAAGGAAUGAACUACUGCUCGGGAGACAUUCCUGUAACUGUCAAGAUUAGAACUGGAACUAAAGACAAUAAGAACACUGCUAAAAGUUUAGUUGGCAGACUUUUGGAAGAAAACGAAGUGGCUGCAAUCACUUUACAUGGUCGUUCCAGGCAACAGCGGUACUCCCGUGAGGCCGAUUGGGGGUACGUUGGCGAAGUUGCUCAAGUGGUCCAGGACUGGAACAACAGGAAAGAGGAAAACAAAGACAUGAGUGACACUCAAGCCACUCAAUUUCUCGGAAAUGGUGAUGUUUACACGUUUGAGGAUUGGUAUGCUGCCACUAACACUCCUGGAAUUGACUCUGUGAUGGUUGCAAGAGGAGCAUUGAUUAAACCAUGGAUUUUUGAAGAAGUUGAAGCCCAGCAAUACUUGGACAAAUCGGCUUCCGAGAGAUUGGAUAUUUUAAGAACCUACGCCAACUUUGCAGUUGAACAUUGGGGUACUGAUGAAUAUGGAAUAGGGUUAGCCAGAAGGUUCAUGUGUGAGUUUUUGAGUUUCUACCAUCGUUAUAUCCCUGUUGGGAUUUUGGAGAGAUUACCACCCAAAUUGAACGAAAGACCCCCCAAAUGGAAGGGUAGAAACGACUUGGAAACAUUACUUGGAUCAUCUGACUACCAAGAUUGGAUCAAGAUUACGGAGAUGUUUUUAGGUAAAGCAGGAGAAAACUUCCAUUUCACUCCAAAGCACAAGAGUAGCUCCUACGAACAAUCCAGAGACUAA